AUGACUUCGAUUUUAAACAAGUCCAUCGAGAUUUUAACUGCGCGCACCAGCAACGCAAGCAAUCGAAAAAAGGAGCGCGAUAAAAAGGUACAAGACGUAACCCCGCCUGAGCACGUCGUCGGACGGGAAUCAGCCGUAACCACCACCGUCGACGAAAUACAGGCGUACACGCCAUACAACAAGUGCGAGGAGCAUGACGGCGAACCGGAAGAGCUUUACUGCGUCCAACACAGCAGCAUGGUCUGUGUCGUCUGCCGGCGCCUGUACCAUCCUAAGUGUAAGGAAAUCCUUCGAGUAGACGAAGCGUGUGCAAACUUUUGCAAAGGCGAGGCGCCAGACAAAUGCAGGGAGCAUGUCCGGGAGUUACUGAGGAAAUGCCACGCUGUUGCCAGAGAACGCGAGUGGGAUUUGACCGACCUUGACCGCAAAAAAGCCGACAUAAUAAACAGUCUCCUCCACGAGAAACAAACCAUCGUCGCUAAGGUGGAGAAACUUUAUGAGAACGCUAAAGCCGACUUGGAACGUCUGUAUACAGUGGAACGGACAGAAAUGAAGAAUCACUUGCUGUCGUUAAAACAGAUGUCCGCUUCGCUUGACGAGAGGCUUAAAGCUGUGGAAUCGAAAAAAGCGUCUGAUUCGGAUCUGGAAACGUUCGUAGCGGUGCAAAACGCAAGGGACAAACAUAAGAAGAUGACGUCAGCUCUGGUGCAUAUUCACGAUGAAGCGCAUAAAGUCUUUCUUAAAUUUCAUGUUAGUGAAAUGGUGGAAACCGCAAUGAAAUGCUUGCACAGUUUGGGUGAGUUGUCUCUUAACACGAUGGAGUACGCAGUCAUACCAAAACUUAAUCAGGCGGAUGAACCUGGGCUAGAGUUGUCCACCCUCAACCGGAAGCCACCAGAAGAGCACACAAUAAGAAAACACGUGAUGGAUAGAACUGUAACUCCCGCGGGGGAAAUAUUUGUAAGGGACCGUGAGGACGCGGAAACUUGUUGGAUAACAGGUAUGUGUAUUCUCAAAGACAGUACACUGAUUGUCGUAGACAAUAACAACAAUCGAGUCAAGGUGAUAGAUCCUCGUGGAAAUAUCGUGAACUCGUUCCGUUUGGCGAGUCCUCCAUUUGACAUUGCUUUAAUCAACCAGGCCGAGGCGGCGUUCACAUUACCGGAUAAGAAACAAGUCCAGGUCAUCCGCAUUGUCGGUCGCUCUGACAUAAAGUAUGGCGAAAACAUCCAGUUUGACUUCGACUGCAAUGGGAUUGGUGUGUUGGGAGACAACAUCGUUCUAACGAGCAUCUCCGAAAAGUGUGUACGGAUGGUAAACCAAAAGGGCGAGGUCCUGUGGACGGCCGUAACAGACGACCUGGGAGAGCGGAUAUUUGAGUGGCCCUGGUACGUGGCGACUAGCAGUAGCUUCGAGAAGGUCUACGUAUCCGACAGGCGCAAGAACACGGUGACCACGCUUGACCAGAACGGGACGUUGCUUAACGUGCGUGACAUCCGAGGAAAAGGUCCGCGCGGCCUGGCGGUUGACGACGUAGGUAACAUGUUCAUGUGUCACUACAUGACGGACGAGCUGGAGAUUAUCUCGCUUGAUUAUCCCAGGGACCGGAAGGUGUUACUCACAAAGGUGGACGGAAUCAAGCAUCCUCAGAGCUUGGCCUACGACGAAGAAAAGGGACAAAUCUUGCUUUCCGCGAACAAUUCUGACUACGUUAAUGUGUUUCAAAUGAAGUGAUUGCUUGUUCACGGUUAUUACGUUUAUAUGAGGACUUCCUUGAAACUAAAAAUACCAUGAAUGCGGAAAGUGUCGUCCCUGAUUAGCCUGUGCGGACUGCACAGGCUAAUCUGGGACGACACUUUUCGCACUUGCAUUAAGCCCAGUUUUCUCAGAACGCGGCUCAUAUAAAUCUGGGAUCGCAUUCACCACACAAUUCUUUGACCUAAGUCUUGAUGUAUUUUGAGUUAUAUGUACGAUUGGAUACAUAAGACUGUUUGUUGAUCGUCAAUUACAUAUGUAUCUUUGUAAAGAAUAUACAAUUCA